AUGAUUUAAUAAUCAUGAUGAUAUAAAUUACAUCAUGUUGAAUCUUUCUUCUUUAAUCUUAGGAAAGGGAAUUUUGAUCAAAUACACACUCUUUUGAAUUUAGUGUGUACAACUGUACAUUUGCUAUCCGGCUGCGUGUUACUUUUCUGUUUCUGAAACUUACAUAACGCAUGAAAAACUGUGAAUGGCGGUGUAGGUAAUGUACUAAUGGUACUUCUUCACGGAAUAGCAGUAGUGAUGAUGGCGAAACCUCCUAUAAUCAAAGCGGGUCAAUCUUUGGCUCCAGAUCUCACUUCUGGCCGCACCUUUAUCGGCACCUCUAAAUCUCAUCGCCGCCGCGACCUCGUCUUCGUAGUCAAUCCACGAGGAGCUAAUGGAAAGACAGGUGAGCAAUGGAAGACGCUGCUACCUCACCUCAGGUCCAGACUCUCUGAUACCUAUAACAUAUGCGAGUCUUUGACGUCAGGCCCCUCUCACGCCAUUGACAUAACACGGGAGGCUAUACAUGAGGGAGCUGAUGCUGUGAUUGCAGUUGGUGGUGAUGGAACUCUGCACGAGGUUGUAAAUGGCUUCUUCUGUGAUGGUAAACCUGUUUCCGAUCAUGAUCCGGAGUCUACCCAUUCAACUGCUCUGGGUAUCAUUCCUUUAGGAACUGGAUCAGACUUUGCCAGGACAUUUGGAUGGAGAAAUGAUCCUUAUGAUGCUAUAGAACGCAUUGCCAAAGGGAUAAAAUCUAGGGUUGACAUUGGAGUUAUAAGUGGGGGGAGUGGAGAACCACAUUACUUCAUCAAUGUUGCUGAUAUUCAUUUAAGUGCAAAGGCUGGUUAUCACGCAUCAAAGUACAAGAAAUUUGGAAAUUUAUGCUAUGUCAUUGGAGCUCUUCAAGCUUUUCUGGGACACCAGAACCAGGAUCUUAGAGUCAAGGUUGAUGAUGGGGAGUGGGAAAUAUAUUCACAAGUAACUGCUUUAUGCAUUGGGAAUGCAAAAUACUUUGGUGGUGGAAUGAAAAUCACACCAAAUGCUAGCCCAUCAAGUGGUAACUUUGAGGUUGUUACUCUUCAGGAUUUCAAGUGGUAUGAUUUCAUACUCAAACUACAUAAGCUAUACAAUGGAACACACCUAUCCGUCAAAAAUGUAAAUUCAAGAAGUGCACGUUCAAUUGAAGUUGAGGAGAUUGCUAGGUGUGAUGGAGGCAGCAUUUAUGUGCAGUCUGAUGGAGAAUUUUUGGGGUUCCUACCGAUGAAAAUUCACAUAUUGCCUGGUGCCAUUGAAAUGAUAUGCUAAUGAAAUUAUAGCUGUUGCGUCUGCUGAAGAAACAUGAUUUUCGGGAACAAUAACUGCCUGUCUUUCAGGCGCUGUUUUAGAGGAGGUCGUUGCAUUCUCAAUAACCCUUCAGACUUUAAACUGAUCAACAAUGGAGUAUGGUUAGCAGAAACAUUUAAUUUAUACUCUUGUAGCAUCAAUGAGAAAGACAAGAUUGUAAAUUUGUGUAAUCUUUUGUUUGCGGGAAGAAGUUAUAUAUACAGCUUUCUUUCUUUCUCCCUCUGUACUUUAAGCUUAAAUAAUCUUUCAAACUGAGAGUUUUUUCUUAUUAUGUCUUUAUUACUUUGUGAUUUGUGACAAUGGUAUAUUGUUGUCAUUUUUUUGUACUUGC